AUGGAGAAAUUUGCCGAUAUCGAAGUUGUUGCUGGUCAGAAUUAUUCGAUUCAGAUCUUGAUGACGAACGAGUUGCUAGUCGAUCAAGUGGGAAGCCUGUCCCCGGGUGGUGUGCGGCUCGGAGGCAACGAGCUCAUGGACGAAGACAAGGCCAUUGAUGACGCGAUUCAACUGGCCAGAUCAGUCGACGUUCCCAUCCUUUUGGUCGGCUUAGGCUCCGACUUCGAGUACGAAGCAUCGGAUCGUUCCGAUUUGCUCUUGCCAGGGCGUGUGAAUGAGAUGAUUCAUCGGGUCUUAAGAGCUAACUCGAACACGGUCAUUAUCAACCAGUCAGGAAUGCCCAUUGAGAUGCCAUGGAUCAACUCGGCAAGUACCGUUGUUCAGGCAUGGCUUGGGGGGCAAGAGGCAGGUCACGCUAUUGCCGAUGUUCUCUUCGGCGAUAUAUGCCCCUCCGGCAGGCUGUCCGUGACGUUUCCGAAGAGAAUACAAGACACCCCAGCCUACAUCAACUUUGGGAAAUCUGAUAGAACCAUCGUUUAUGGAGAGGGCGUGUUUGUUGGUUAUCGGUACUAUGAGAAAGUCGAUGUCCGGCCAGAGUUUUACUUUGGAUUUGGUCUGUCGUACACGGAAUUCGCCUACUCGAACUUGGCCGCACCUACAGCGUUCAGCAAUAUCAACGGCGAGAUCCAAGCUGAAGUAGCUGUCGAUGUGACAAACACUGGACAGUGCAAUGGCAUGGAAGUUGUCCAGAUCUACAUUUCUGACCUCCACGCAAGCAUUCAGCGACCGCAUCGAGAGCUCAAAGCCUUCUCCAAGGUUGACCUUCUUCGGGGCGAAUCUCGCACAUGCCGCUUCCUCCUCGACAAGUAUGCUCUGUCGUAUUGGUCUGAAGAGGAGGAUGCGUGGAAAGCGGAGGCAGGGGAUUUUGCGGUUGUGAUUGCGCGUAGUGCGGAUCCAAGAGACGAGGUUUUGAGAACCACCAUCAACCUCUCCGAGACGUUCUGUUGGUCCGGUUUGUAG